AAUGGCUUCUUUUUAGUUUAGAAAUGUUGGAUAAUAGAUAGUCUAAGUGUCGUGCAAUGCACCUUCAAGUCUCCAAUUUCCCCUUUAAGCAAACUAGUCAGCUGAAUUAAUAUAUUCUGCAGAUUGAUCAAUCAUUCAGUAGAAAAGGAAAAUAGUAAGACUCUGGACAAUUUGGGUGCUUCGGAAAUUAUUUUUUGAGCCAAAAAUACAGAGAGAAUUGAAUCUUAUCGAUAUAAUUGAGGCCUGGGACUGAAUCCCCUAUAGAUUUUGGAGGCCCUUUUUUUUUCAAUACUCUACAACCUCAGAUUUUUUGAUCAGAACUUUUCCACCCGCAGAAUCUAAUUUUAGCAGGCUCCGAUACCACAGCAAACAACUUGACUUGGCUCCUGUCCAUAUUGUUGAACAAUAGGCACGUGAUGAAGCGUGCCCAAGAAGAGAUAGAGAUCAAAGUUGGCAAAAACAAAUGGGUAGAAGAAUCAGAUAUCAAUAAUUUGGUCUACCUUCAAGCCAUAGUUAAAGAAACAUUGCGCCUAUACCCACCAGGCCCUCUAUCAGUGCCACAUGAAGCCAUGGAAGACUGUAAUGUGGGUGGCUAUCACAUUCCAAAGGGCACUCGUUUGUUAGUCAAUGUGUGGAAGCUGCACCGAGACCCUCGGAUUUGGUCAGACCCCGAGACAUUUAUGCCAGAGAGGUUUUUGACAAACCACACAGAGGUAGAUGUUGGUGGUCAGCAGUUUGAGUACACCCCAUUUGGGUCUGGUAGACGAUCUUGCCCGGGGAUGACAUUUGCUAUGCAAGUGACACACUUGACACUUGCUCGGUUACUUCAAGGUUUCGACUUUAAGACACCAGCAGACGCCCCAGUGGACAUGACUGAAGGCCUAGGUAUUACCUUGCCUAAGGCCACUCCGGUACAUGUUCUGAUCACCCCUCGUCUUUCUUCUGAGCUCUAUGGAUAGUAGAACUAAAGGAAAAACAACUAGCUCUCGAGCUGGUCAUGUAUAUAUAUAUAUAUAUAAGAUAUGGCUGCAUAUUGUGAAUGGCUGUGUGUUAAAUCUACAAUGAUGCCAGCUCCAUGUAAAUUGAAAAUAAGUUUCUGUUGGGUUUCCUACAGAGAAGUUGAAGAAUCUCUCAUUCCUUCAUGGAUUUUAAAGAGGA